AGCACCAUCAAAAUCAACUCUCUCUCUCUGUUUCUCUCUGUUUCUACGUUUGUUUCUUUCGUCUUCCUCUCGCGGAAUCUCAUAUCGUGUCCCUCGAGAAAGCGACAAGGGCAGUUCCAAGUGCAGGAAGAAGAAGCCAGCCAUGGCUUCUUCGAGAUCUUGCCUCCUGCUUCCGAACCCAUCUUCGUUCCCUCGCUCCCCUCCGUCGUCUUCCUCCCGCGCUCUCCCGAGUGCUCUGAACCGCCGCCGGAAACGCGACGCACGCCGUCGCCGCUCUCUGAGUUUCGAUGGUGUGACGAAGUGGGGCCUCGCGACGCGGUCGGGUCUUGAUGAGGUCUCUGUUCUCGACCCGCCGCCGCCCCCGGAGUCGGGGCUUCUUGCUGUUUCUCUCAAGCUGAAAUUGCUGAGUGCUGUCUCUGGUCUGAAUAGAGGGCUCGCUGCGAGCGAAGAAGAUCUACAGAAGGCAGAGGCUGCUGCGAAAGAGGUUGAAGAUGUUGGAGGACUUGUGGACCUUUCGGCUGAUCUUGAUAAGCUUCAGGGUCGAUGGAAGCUGAUAUAUAGCAGUGCAUUCUCGUCUCGUACUCUAGGCGGCAGCCGUCCUGGACCUCCCACUGGAAGGCUCCUUCCCAUAACUCUUAAUCAGGUCUUCCAACGGAUUGAUGUCUUGAGCAAAGAUUUCGAUAACAUAGUGGAGCUCGAGUUAGGUGCACCAUGGCCUCUCCCUCCCAUUGAAGUAACUGCCACGCUUGCCCACAAAUUCGAACUCAUUGGAUCUGCAAAGAUCAAGAUAACAUUCGAGAAAACGACGGUAAAGACGACGGGGAACUUAUCACAACUCCCACCGUUAGAGAUACCUAGGUUACCAGAUGCACUAAGGCCUCCGAGUACAGGAAGCGGCGAAUUUGAAGUGACAUAUCUUGAUUCUGAUGUGCGUAUAACUAGAGGAGACAGAGCCGAGCUCAGAGUAUUCGUGAUAUCUUGAAUCUUCCAACUCGUGCUGUUCUUGUUCAUUUUGGUUCCUUUUUUUUUUUCCUUUGUUCAUUUGUAAAUGCAGAAUAAUACGCAGCAUUUGUGAUCUCCCUGUUGAAGCAAGGAAAUUUUGUAUGUAAAUUUGAUAUCUGAUGCAACGUUGUUCUCUUUCCACUUUAA